AAUAUCACAUGACCUGCCCCACACCAUCGAGACUUCCCGGGGGUGAUGGAUGGGACUAGUCACGUGUUUCCUGUAGGAAGUGACAGCUGAGAAGGAGUGAAAGUCAAAGAUUAAUGAUGGUUUCCAGCAAGCGUCUUGCAGAUAUCGGAUACAAGACCUUUUCUGGCACUAUGAUGCUGCUGACGAUGUAUGGAGGAUACCUGUGCAGUCUUCGGGUGUAUCGGUAUUUCACCCGAAGGGAACAGCUGCGGAUCGCAGCAGAGAACCAGACAGAAGACAUCAUUAAAGACUGAAUGAAGUGCACACAUAACUGUUGUCCCAUGUGAAGUCACCUUGACCCCACAUUACCUCUGGAUUCCCACCAUGGAUCAUGAAGCUCGGUUUCAUCAAAGAUUAUAUUGCUGAGCUGUUUACAUGGAAACUUUUUUUAUUUGUACAAAUAAAUUUUCCACCUGGCUUCUUCGAUAUUUCAGUCAAAGAAUGUCAGGUUGGAGGGGGGCUGACAAGGCCACCCACUGGGUUUA